AUGGGGAUCUUCAAUGCCGUCAUUUUGGCUUUCUUCCUCUCCAUGUAUGAGGGAACGAAAUACGUCCCUGCGUUUAGUGGGAAAGCCGGUGCUACCAUUGGAGAAGACGAUCCAGCUAUCGGAAUUAGAGAAGAUGGUCUGGUCAAAUUUGACUGGAUGCCUGCAGCCAAUGGCAUUGACCAGGCUCGUUCCCACCAUGUGCUAGACAGCACCAUACCGCAGAAUUCAUGA